CCGGUUUCUGCACUGUGCAACUAUUUCAGUUAUAUUUUUAAUUAACGAUGCCAAGUACUUGUUGUUGUGUACCUGGAUGUCAUUUAAGAGGAGGACAUGCAUUUCCAAAUGACUUAAAAAGAAGGAAAAGUUGGAUCAACGCCAUGGCCCAUACGCAGAUUGGACGAGAACACGAUGAUAUCGUGGAGUCCAUCUCAAUCAGCUGUUGUUUGCAAGGCACGUUUUACUGAAAAAGACUACGUGCAGGAAACUAUUCAUGGGCGCAAACCCACCAUACAGAGACUUAAGUCUACUGCAAUUCCCAGCCUAUUUUCCUGGACCAAGCAAGAGACUGAAUCGUCCACAAAAGAAAAAAUCAGGGCAGUUUCCUGUGAAAACAAAAGAACUAAACUUGAUGAAUAUUGUAGUAGAAAUCUAGAGGAAAGUUUUGAUUGUAAAGUUGGUUUUCCUGAAGAAGUCAUUCAUACUGCAGAAAGGAUUUAUGACUGUCCACCACCAACUGCCGAGCUAAUGUUGAGCUUCACAGAUGGAAUUACGCAAACACCAUCAAUGCCUAUGUUUUCAGCAGAGAAUUUUGAAAUGAAGACACGUGACACAGCCAUGCAUUUUUAUACCGGUUUAGAGUUGUAUACUAAAUUUUUAUUUGUUUUGACCACACUUGGUCCAGCAGCACAUUGUUUGAGAUACAUAUAUUUUCAAAUUGAUAGGGUGUCAGUUGAAAAUCAGUUUUUUUAUGACUUUGAUGAAAUUGAGGCAUCAUACAACCAACUUUGAACUGUCUAGAUUCUAGAUUGAAUCUAGUGUUAAGAAUAUUGUGUAUACAUGGAUUGUUUUUAUGUCUAAACAGUGGUGUGAGGCUAACACUUGGCCAUCUAGUGGUUUAGUCAGGUAUUUUUCACCAUCCAACUUCAAAUUAAAGUUUCCUAUGACUUGGAUUAUUAUUGACAGCACAGAAUAUCCCGUGAUAAAACCUAAAGCUCCUAGAGCUCAGGCAACCUUUUCAUCAAAUAAAAACAGAAACACUGAAAAUUCUUGAAUGUUCGACACCUGGUGGUUUAGUCAACUAUGUCUCUAUGUCACAUAGAGCGAAUUAUUGGACUUGGCAAAACAUACAAAAUUCUAAUAAAUCCUAUGAAUGGAACUGAAACAAAACUUUCAUCUGAAAUAACAUUUAGUUGUUUUAUGUUGUGUAAUUUUAGAACUUGUAUUGUGCCAAAGGAUGCAUAAAUAAAAGUGACGCAAUGAA